CCCUUUUUCUUGGUAAUGGUCUAAUCCAGAUUCCUUAACCUUGUAAGAAAAAGAUUAAACGAAGUCAGCACCAAAAGUCAUACAUUGGAGCCACAUUUCCUCGAAGAAAGGAACAGGAUAAGCAAAUAAUUCCACAAUCUCUCACUUUCGGAUACGCUUUGUGAUCUCUUUCUCGCCAUGGCAACCAAACCCACCAAAUCAAUCCCCCAAUUUUGGUAAUACCCAACUCAUAUCAAUGGAGGUGCUGGAACCCGUCAACCCGACCCGGUCCCUCUCAUCGCCGCCUGCUCUUAUGGUCGGGUUUGGCCCGCCUGCUAGCUCGUCCUCCCUGCCGGAGAUUGCGGAAGAAGGUUCAAGUGGGAGUGACGAAAAGGUUUAUGUGGCUGUGGGGAAGUCAGUGGAGAAAGGAACGACUUUGCUUCGUUGGGCUUUUAGGCGCUUUGAGGGCACAGAAAUUUGCAUACUCCACGUUCACCAGCCUUCGCCUUUCAUACCCACUCUCCUGGGAAAACUACCAGCAAGUCAGGCAAACGGGGAAGUGGUGUCUGCUCAUAGAAGAGAAGAGAAGGCGCAGAUGACGAGGCUUUUAGAUAAUUACUUGAGCAUUUGCCGCAGGACACAGGUGACAGCAAGUGCCAUCUGCACUGAAGCUGACCAAGUUCAGAAAGAAAUUGUUGAAUUGGUGAGCAGGCAUAGGAUCAGGAAGCUUGUAAUGGGUGCUGUACCAGAAAAAUGCAUGAAGGUUAAAAAGAGCUCUGGCAAAGCACGUUAUGCUGCAAAAAGUGCUCCCCCGUUCUGUGAAAUAUGGUUUGUCAACAAAGAUAAACUCUUGUGGACGAGAGAAGCUUUUGAAGGUCCAAGUUCCUUGCAACCAUGUAGUCAUGCUGUGAGUGCAAGUGCAGAAUUUUUAAGGUCUAAAUCAUUGCGAUGUGGUAAGGAUAAGUUAUCGUUCAACCCAGAUUUCCUCUGCUCCAAAUCUACCAGAAUAAGUCAUGGGGUCCAAGGUGAACCAGUUCAUACAGAAAUGACCUUGUCACUCGAUGCAUCUACUUCCACCAAUAUAGAUUUUCCCUUCCAACUCCGGGAUUCAUCUAGUUCCGCGAGUACUAACAGUUCAGAAUAUACUUAUGCUGAAAGAAGCACAUCUUCUGAUUAUGAUUCAAAGGUUGAGGAAGAAAGCUUAUGCAUUCUACUCACAGAGGCGAGACUAGAAGCUGAAUCUUUCAUCAACGAAGCAGUUGAAGAGCUACUGAAGUGGAGACGAUUGGAAACAGAAGCUAUGGAUGCCAUCAGCAAGGUAAAAGUCUUUGAAUCUUCCCAUGCUUGUGAGGUUACACUCAGGAAACAAGCGGAGGAUGCACUGAGAGCUACGAUACAGGAACAGGAAAAGGUCUUGGAAGAGAAAGAAAAAGUUGCGAGAGAGCUGCAGAGGACCAUGAGAAACGUUGUCCUUCUAGACAGUCGUGCUCAAGAAGCAAAUCGUAGGCGUGAUGAAGCUUCUGGAGAAUUAAAACUUAUUCAGGCAUCUGUUGCUGCUCUGCUGCAGGAAAAACAGAGGAUAAGAAGGCAAAAGAUGGAAGCUGUGCGCUGGCUUGAACGUUGGAGAAGUCGAGGGCAAGUUGGAGCUGCAAACUACAAUGGGGUUAUUGGGCUCGUUGAAGAUUUGCCUGCGUUGGCAAAAAUUUCAUUAUCAGAUUUACAGACUGCAACAUGUAAUUUCUCUGAGAGCUUUAAACUUUCCCAGGGAGGGUAUGGUUGUGUGUACAAGGGAGAAAUGUUGGGUAGAACAGUUGCUAUAAGAAAGCUGCACCCAUAUAAUAUGCAAGGACAUCUAGAAUUUGAAAAAGAGGUCCAAGUUCUUAGCAAGUUACAGCAUCCUCAUUUGGUGACUUUGCUUGGUGUAUGCCCAGAAGCCUGGUGUCUAGUAUAUGAGUACUUGCCCAAUGGCAGCCUCCAAGAUCAGAUUUUCCGAAAAUGCAACAAUGCUCCCAUGUCAUGGAAAAUGCGGACGCGUAUAUUAGCUGAAAUCUCAAGCGCCCUUUGCUUCUUGCACUCUUAUAAGCCCGAAAGGAUUGUUCACGGUGAUCUGAAGCCUGAAAACAUCCUUCUCAAUUCUGAACUCAGUAGCAAGAUAUGCGAGUUUGGGAUUUGCAGGCUGAUUGCUGAGGAAACACUUCAUUGCCCUAGUUUCCGACAGAGUACUGAGCCAAAGGGUGCCUUUGCAUACAUGGAUCCUGAGUUUCACAGAAUUGGCGUCCUGACUCCCAAGUCUGAUGUCUAUUCCUUUGGUGUCAUCAUUCUGCAGCUACUUACUGGAAAGCCUCCGGUUGGUUUGGUAGGUGAGGCACGUAGAGCAAUGUCAUCUGGAAAACUAUCUACAAUAUUGGAUCCAUCAGCUGGGGAAUGGCCUUCAUUUGUGGCAAGGCGAUUGGUGGACUAUGGGGUGCAGUGCUGUGAAUCAAAUAGCAGGGACAGACCUGAGCUAACUCCAACUCUGGUGAGGGAAUUGGAGCAGCUGCACGUUUCAGAGGAGCGACCAGUGCCAUCUUUCUUCUUGUGUCCCAUUCUUCGGGAAAUAAUGCAUGACCCUCAAGUGGCAGCAGAUGGAUUUACAUAUGAAGGUGAAGCCCUGCGCGAAUGGUUGGAAAAUGGCCGUGAAACCUCUCCGAUGACUAAUAUGAAAUUAAGUAAUUUGCAUCUUACUCCCAACCAUGCUCUGAGACUGGCCAUUCAAGAUUGGUUAUGCAAAUCCUGAAAGCCUUUUCUUUAAGGAACAAGGUAGCCAUGAAUUCUUGGCUCUGAAAACCGAUUAAUUUAUAUGUAUGUAGUAUGUUGAUGUUUGUAUAGAUAUCGUAUUAGGCCAUCUCUAUUUCCCUACUGUAUGUCCUGUAAUAACAUGUUUAUUUUUAUGUUCAUAUAUUUACAGCAAGUUCAUGAAUAAAACCCUAAUUGGGUAAUUUGCAUACUAAAA